GCACCCUACUCUCUUUUUUCUUGUUCGUUCAUCAUGUGGUUUUAUUAUCAAAUGCUGCAUCUGUUGCAGAAGCUACUGCUCUUCUCAAAUGGAAAAAUACCCUUUCAAACGAAACCCAACCUCACCUUCAUUCAUGGACUUCUCUUCCCAAUGCUUCUGCAAAUUUAAACCACAGUACAGAUCCCUGCACUUGGUUUGGUAUUUCUUGCAACCCUGCUGGAAGUGUUGUCAGAAUGAACCUUACUAGGUCUGGCUUACAAGGUACACUUCAUGGAUUUUCUUUCUUGUCUUUUCCAAAUCUUGCAUAUCUUGAUCUCUCUGUGAACACUUUAUUUCGGAACAUUCCAUAUCAAAUUGGCUACCUCUCUAAACUCAUCUAUCUUGAUUUGACCUUUAACCUAUUCUCAGGAAAAAUCCCAUCGGAAAUAGGUCACCUAAAUUCUUUAGCUGUGCUUGGUCUUUAUCAAAAUCGUUUAGAAGGUCUCAUUCCUACUUCUUUAGGAAAUUUGCGAAAAUUGACAUUUCUUAAUCUUUGGAAAAAUAAACUUUCUGGCACAAUUCCUGAAGAAAUAGGUCGUCUAAAUUCUCUAACCGAGCUUUAUCUUCCCCAAAACAAUUUUGAAGGUCUCAUCCCUACUUCUUUAAAAAAUUUGAGAAAUCUUACCAAUCUGUAUCUUUGGGGAAAUAACCUUUAUGGCUCCAUUCCUGAAGAGAUAGGUCUCCUAUAUUCUCUAGUCGAGCUUGAUCUUUCUCAAAACCGUUUAGAAGGUCUCAUUCCUGCUUCUUUAGGAAAUUUGAGAAAUCUUACCGUUCUGAAUCUCUAUAAAAAUAAACUUUCUGGUUCCAUUCCUAAAGAAAUAGGCCACUUGAAUUCUCUAACCAGUCUUACACUUUCGCAAAACCAUCUUCAAGGUCCCAUCCCACAAGGAAUCGGAGGUUCCAUAAACAUGAAGAGUUUGCAGCUAUACGAAAACCAAUUUAUCGGCUCCUUGCCCGAAAGUAUUUGUCAUGGUGGUUCACUUCAGAAUUUUUCAAUAUCCAACAAUAGUUUCAGAGGUCAAGUUCCCCAAAGCCUAAAAAAUUGCACGAGCUUAGAGAGAGUCUUCUUGAAUGGAAACCAACUCACUGGAGAUAUAUCUCAAGUCUUUGGUUCCUAUCCAAACUUGUUCAUCAUAGACCUAAGCCACAAUAAUUUUUAUGGCAAGAUCUCAAGUAAUUGGGGACAGAGUCUAGAAUUAGGGACUCUAAAAAUGAGUGGGAACAACAUUAGUGGUAGCAUACCACCCGAGAUUGGAAACUGUAUUCAACUACAUGUGCUUGAUUUUUCUUUAAAUCAUAUAGUUGGGUUAAUUCCAAAGGAACUUGGAAAGUUGACUUCUCUAGAGAAGUUGUGGUUGAAUGGAAAUCAUCUCUCUGGUGCUAUACCUGUAGAAUUCAAGUCAUUGACCAAUCUCGAAUUUCUAGACAUUUCCUCUAACAAAUUGUGCACGUCACUUCCACGUAAUCUUGGGAACGGCUUCUCAAAAUUGAACUACUUGAAUUUAAGCCAUAACAAUUUUAGUGAAGAACUUCCUAUCUUGCUUAUGAGCUUAUUUCAUCUCUCCAAACUAGAUUUAAGCUAUAACUCUUUGACUGGAGAGAUACCGUUAGAAAGCAGCAAAAUGCAAAGUUUGGAGGUACUUAAUCUCUCUCACAAUCAUCUUUCUGGCAUUAUUCCGACUACUUUCGAAGAAAUGCAUGGCUUGUUGCAUGUUGACGUAUCCUACAAUGAGUUACACGGCCUCAUUCCCAACAACAAAGCAUUUUUAGAUGCUCCCUUGGAAGCCUUGCAAGAUAACAAGGGAUUGUGCGGUAACGUUAAAGGGCUGCCCCCAUGCAAGCAUAAAUCAAAAAAGGGCCACAUGAAAGCCGUGUUCGAAAUUAUUUUCCCUAUUUCGGGAUCACUUUUGGUUUUGUUUGUUUUCUUCCUAGUUGUUCUAAUUUUGCAAAGAAGAAAGAAAGAUCGAUAUCCCCAAUUAGAACAAAGUGACAAGCAUGAAGGAGGAUCCCUUUUUGUGUCAAGCACUUUCAAUGGAAGAAAAAUGUAUGAAGAGAUCAUAAGAGCAACCGAAGCAUUCAAUGACAUAUAUUGCAUUGGGAAUGGAGGAUAUGGAACAACAUAUCGAGCAAAAUUGUCAUCAGGUGAAAUGGUAGCUGUGAAGAAACUCCACCAACUACUUGACAAUGAGAAAAGAUACCAAAAGGCAUUCUUAAAUGAGAUAAAGGCAUUAAUAGAAUUACGACAUCGAAAUAUCGUCAAACUUCAUGGCUUCUGUUCCCAUGCUCGACAUUCAUUUUUGGUUUACGAAUAUCUAGAAAUGGGUAGUUUGGCAAGAAUGUUGGAGAUUGAAGAAUAUGCUAAAGAAUUUGAUUGGAGUAAGAGAUUAAAUAUUGUCAAAGGUGUGGCUUAUGCCUUGUCUUACAUGCACCAUGAUUGCUCACUACCAAUAAUUCAUCGAGAUAUCAAAAGUAACAACAUCUUGUUGGAUUCUCAAUACGAGGCCCAUGUUUCAGAUUUUGGUACUGCUAAGAUUUUGGAGCUUGAUUCAUCCAAUUGGACUUCCCUUGCAGGCACAUAUGGAUAUAUAGCACCAGAACUUGCUUUUACAAUGAAGGUAACUGAGAAAUGUGAUGUUUAUAGCUUUGGUGUGUUGUCAUUAGAAGUGAUAAUGGGAAAGUAUCCGGGUGAUUUCAUCUCCUCAGUUAAGUCAUCUGAUCCAUCAGUUGAGAUGGGCAUUCAAUUAAAAGAUGUGUUGGAACAACGCCUUCCAUUUCCAACGCCCCAUGUUAAGGCUGAGCUCAUAAGGGUUGUAGAGAUUGCUACUGAAUGCUUAAAUGACACUCCAAAAUCCAGGCCGACUAUGCACAUGAUUUCUAAAGUGUUAGCAGCGGCCCAAGCCCCAAACUGCAGUCUCCAGCUAGAGCCAUCUUUCGAAUGAAGUUGAACCAAGAAAGUCAUGUUCAAGAAGACUUUCUUUUCU